AUGGUGCGCCAGCGACGUCAACCAGCCCUCGACUCGACUCCUCCUUCCAGGGCCACAACAAAACUGACAGAACCAACAAGAACGACCGCCUCCUCCUCGCUGCGUCGCGCCAUGCAGGACGAGUCGGCUGCCGAGCUGCGCACCCUGUCGGAGCGUGAUGGCGUCGACAGCAUCGCCGGCGGAUACCGUGAUGUGCCAGAAACAUCGUCACCAGCAUCGCCAGCAUCACCAACAUCACGAGCACCACCAGCACCUGCACUGCCCACCAAGACCACCUGGCUGCAGCGCAACCAAUGGAUCGCCCUGUCCCUCGCCAGCGGUGCCUGCGCCGCCUUCAACGGCGUUUUUGCAAAGCUGACCACCACCGAGCUGACCACGCGCCUGUCGCAGGCCGUCGCCAGUGCCCUCGGCCUGGAUGCUGCCGAAUCGGCCGUCGAAGUGGUCGUCAGAGGCACCUUUUUUGCCCUCAAUCUCGUGUUUAACGGUGUGGUGCGUUUCCCCUCCCCCCGUUCCCCUUCGAACCAGUACCAAGUACCUCCGACUCACCGGCAGCAGAUGUGGACCCUCUUCACCCGCGCCCUCGCGCGCGGCCUCUCCGCCACCCAGGUCUCCAUCAUGAACACCUCGGCCAACUUUGUCCUGACCGCGCUGCUGGGGUUUGCCAUCUUUUCCGAGGCUCUGCCGCCGUUGUGGUGGGUGGGUGCGGCCAUGCUGGUGGCCGGCAACGUCAUCAUCGGGCGCAAGGACGAGGGCAAGGCCGAUGCGGCGGCGGCGGCGGCGGCGACCACAGCCGAGGGGGAUGCAGACGACACAGACGCCACCGCCAUCAGCCACCCGGACCCGGAACCGGACGAGGGUCGCCGGCGCUCAUCACGGCGGCUGGCGGCACAGCGAGGAAAUGCGUCCGGCACGAAGACGUCGCCGGCGUCAGCGCCUACCGGUCGGUACAAAGACGAAGAAAGUAGCGGUGACGAAGACUUUGCCCAGAUCUAA